CUGGCCCCGCAGGAGCAGCAGCCAUGGCGGCGGUGUCCUCUUACGAGAGCUUGGUCCAUGCCGUGGCCGGGGCUGUGAUCAUCUGUGAGCUAUGAGUCUGGAGCUGGAGAAGAAGAUACUUACAGGCCACUUUAUGAGUCUCGGUGUUACAAUAGUGCCUGGAGGCUCAACCGAGUUGGGGCCCCGUUGUGCUAGGCACUGAACAGUAAAAGACUGCUCCAUUCUAAAGAGCUUACAGUCUUAAAAGGCAGUGUGACUGCAAUGACAGUAUUUUUUCCUUUGGAUACAGCUAGACUUAGACUUCAGGUUGAUGAGAAACGCAAGUCCAAGACAACACACACAGUGCUACUGGAGAUUAUCAAAGAAGAAGGCCUCCUGGCACCAUAUCGAGGGUGGUUCCCUGUUAUUUCCAGCCUCUGCUGCUCCAAUUUUGUCUAUUUUUAUACGUUUAACAGUCUCAGAGCUCUCUGGGUCAAAGGCCAGCGUUCAACCACAGGAAAAGAUUUGGUCCUGGGGUUUGUUGCAGGUGUUGUGAACGUACUCUUGACCACUCCACUCUGGGUAGUGAACACACGACUGAAACUGCAAGGAGCAAAGUUUAGAAAUGAAGAUAUUGUACCAACCAACUACAAGGGCAUUGUGGAUGCCUUUCAUCAGAUAAUACGGGAUGAAGGAGUCUUGGCUUUGUGGAAUGGCACUUUUCCCUCCUUGCUGCUGGUUUUCAAUCCUGCCAUACAGUUUAUGUUCUAUGAAGGGUUUAAACGAAAGCUUUUGAAGACACGACUGCAGCUUACCUCUUUGGAUGCAUUCGUCAUUGGUGCAGUAGCUAAGGCAGUUGCCACCACCGUCACCUACCCCAUGCAGACAGUACAAUCAAUUUUGCGGUUUGGACGUCACAGAUUGAACCCCGAAAACCGGACACUAGGUAGUCUUAAGAAUGUUCUCUAUCUUCUUCGACAGAGAGUAAGGCGUUUUGGAUUGGUGGGACUCUACAAAGGCCUUGAAGCAAAGCUCCUGCAGACGGUCCUCACUGCCGCACUCAUGUUCCUAGUCUAUGAAAAACUGACUGCUGCUACCUUCACAGUCAUGGGAUUAAAGCAUUCACAGAAGCACUGAGAAAGUGAUCUCUGCAGCACAAUGAGCAUGGAAAUAAACUAGGGAUCUGGAGAGGGAGGUCCAAUAUCUGAGGACAGGCUGGGUAGCAAAGAAUUCUCUCUCUAAGGUCACUUCCUUCUCCAUUACUUUCCAUUCUUAUUGUCUCCGUCUCGGAAGCUGCAUGAGGAGAAAUUUAAAGUGAAGUCCAGUAGGAUUUGCUGUCAGUCCUCUUUGUGGUGGCAUGUUCACUGUGUUGACAUUUCGCAACCCGAUAGUGUUAAGAAAUUAAAUGGAAAAGAUUAUUUUAGCACCUAAAAUUAAGAUAUGUUAAUUACUGGAGUGGUUUGGUUGGCUCUUUUAGGGGGAGGGAGUACUUUUAUUGCACUUAAUUUUCCUUUCUUUUCAACUUGCUAUCAGCCAUUGUCCUCCCUGUACUGGCUGUCAGCAGCUCCCUGUCAGGUGUUCAUCUCACCUGGUGUUCGUUCAUUAAAAUAAUUCAUGCAGAA